AGGUUGAUUGAAGAAAUUCAGAAAAUGGUGGACGGCGAUGUCGGCGCAUGCGCAGACCGUUUACUACGCCGAGACAGAAAGUGAGACAUUAAGCGUGCUCAGCAGUGGCGCAUUGUUUAAUGAGUAACGCGUUCAAUUCGCUUGAUUGAGCUUUAUCAAGAUGUUUGGUUUCCAUAAGCCAAAGAUGUACCGCAGUCUGAAUGGGUGCUGCAUCUGCAGGGCGAAAUCCUCCAGCUCUCGCUUCACAGACAGCAAACGCUACGAGAGAGACUUCCAGAGCUGCUUUGGCCUCUGCGAAACACGCUCGGGAGAAAUUUGUAAUGCUUGUGUGUUGCUGGUGAAACGCUGGAAGAAGCUCCCGGUCGGAUCCAAAAAGAACUGGAAUCACGUGGUGGAUGCGCGAGGUGGACCGAGCUUGAAGAUGACUGUGAAAUCUAAGAAGGUGAAGCCUCUUUCUAGAAGAAUCAGGCCAAGUCAGAUCCACAGAGUGCAGAAUGAACUGAAAAGAAACAACUCUGACGCUCACAGCACCACCUCCAGUGCUAGCCCUGCCCAGUCUCCCAGCUACAGCAACCAAUCAGACGAAGGCUCUGAUACGGAACUGGCUCCCGGUUCCACCCGCGCACCGGUUUUCUCCUUCUUGGAUCUGACCUACUGGAGAAGGCAGCGGGUGUGCUGUGGCAUCAUCUACAAGGGCCGUUUUGGAGAAGUGCUCAUCGACCCCCAUCUCUACAAACCCUGCUGCCAGAAGAAACAGGAGCAGGGCCGUGAGGAAGAGGAGGACGAGCAAGAGGAAGAAGACACGGAGCUGGAGAAAGAGGAAGCACCAGCAAGUCAAAGCAUGCCUGCAUCCCCUCUCGUACCAGCUGACUCAUCACCUAUGCCUCUCAAAACAGAGGCAGAGGAGGAAGAGGAGUGGUGACUCUCAUUCCUGGUGAACUCAUUGGGCAUUUUUACGGUUAUGUAGUAAAAAAAAUGUUCUCAAUUUUCUACAAUUCAAGAGCAGCUGGAACUUUCUCUCUGAAGUAGGGUGAACAAGUGUACUGUGUGUUUGCACAUUCGUGUCCUUAUUGUUCAACAUUCACAUAUUUUCUUAUGUCUCCACAUAAGCUUUAGAGCAUGGAUUACUUUUCUUUCUUUUUCUUUGUGUGUGUGUGGCAUAUGCGCUCCAGUAUAAAGUGGUAGAGUUUAUCAGACUUUAUCACAGACACGACUGAGCCGUGAUGCAGCGACACCUUUGACAUUCUAACAGGAUCCUUUUCCUAUUCAUAUUUUGCGUCUUUUUCGUUACAACUCAUGCUGCAUUCCACUCAAGGUCAGGACUUGGGACCUCGGGAUGGAUCUCCUCAACUCUUGAGUUUAGGGAGUGACUCACAGCAUGAGCAGUAAACACAGCAGCACUUCUUACCUUUUAAAUGUGUUCCACUGUAUAUACACGAGUACUAGCUUUAGAUGCACCAAUAACCAGAAAUGUUCACUGACUCUACACUUUACUGUACUGAAGUCACACUUAUUACUAAUUCCAGCAGAAACUCUCCCUCUGUUUCGCCCAUGUCUCUGUCUCUCUUUCUCCAUCUGUCACUACCCAUCUUUCCUUCUUCUUCUAGCCCCUCUCCGUCUCUCUUUUUGUCUCUGUCUCUCUCUCUCAAUCCCGAGCCUCAGAUAUCCCAGGUCCGUGUUUCACCACACUUAUUACUCUGUAAGCAUCUCCGAGCCGAGCUAACGGCCAGACAGUUGUCCAUCUCUCUGUAUGUAAAUAUAUUUCUAGCUCCACUAUUUUUAGAAAUAUUCACGUCGUCAUGCAUGAAAGCUAAGCAAAGCCGUUUGUCCUGAAGGCGAAUCCGCAUGAAUCUUUUGCACGGCCUUUUCAAGAGUUUUUCCUUAGUUUCUUUAUCUAACGAUUUGUUUUAGCCAGGUUUUGAUACAACUCUAAAUAAAUAAGUAUACAUAUACAUAUAUUUUUGUAGGUAAAAAAAAGAAGAAGAAGAAAAUCACUGCAAUGGCAAUGUUGUGUUCUAAGAUAUCAAUGUUGAAAGUGACAACUGUUUUGCCAAAAAAAAGUUAUGAUUCUGAAUUUGAUAGAAAAUCAAGUCUUAUUUAUUUACUUUACUGACACACAAUUUCACCAACAGUACCUCCUGUCUUCAGUCUGCUUUUGUAAAUAUUGUACUAAACGGUUAUACAUUUACUUUAAUGUUUUUUAAGGACUGAAUCUAUUUUGUGUUUUUUGUCGGAUCCUUUUUGUUCUCUUAGUUAGUUUAAUCAAGAGCAUUUUUUUAAUUAUUCUAUUUAUCUUUAGCGCUUUUCACACAUGAAAUAUUCCCUCUGGGUGUCUAAACUCAGCGUAAACAGAAUCCUGGGUUAUGUUGGUUGACCUUUCACACAGUACAUACUUUACCUGGGAUUAACAGUGGAUUAUGACUCCUCAUAAUCAGACGUUUCACACUGUACAUUCUUCUGAUUUGCAUGUUUGCGUAUCCACGACCCUGAGUGGAUAAAUAACGGCUCGUCUCACGCUUUCACUUCAGCGAGGAAUAAAAAAAAAUUGUUGCAUUUAAUCCAGGCGUUUGUUGAUCUCAGUCAUUCUCUAAAUUUCUACUCUGUUCCUCAAACACUAUUAUUAUUUCUGAUCUAUUCUCCGAUCCACUUUGUCCUGAACAAACAUUUCUGACAUGACUGUAAAAAUACAACUGUCCCCUUUCUUUUUUCAUUCCAAUUGUCAGGAAUGUGGCGUUAAUGCUGCAGUAGCAUUACAGCAGAUUUGGAAAAUCUUGGGUUAAAUGCAGCGUAAAUCCUGCUUCUAUGUUCCAAGUGUGAAAUGUUCCUCUACCCGGGAUUAAAGCAGGGUUUCGAGCGACCAGAUCUAGUUAAACUCAGUGUGAAAAGCUCUAAAUUGUAUCAAAAAUGCUGAAAAGUUAUUUUACUCUUUAACAACGUAGCCUUGACAUUUCUUCUGCAUAGAGUUAUAAUCCUAUUUAAUUUCUUUUUAUUAUUUUUUUUUUCACCCCUCAUGUAUUGGACAAGAAAUGACUUGUUCCUGGUUCCUUUUCACAAGAUGGAACUAAGCAGGUGAUCUUAAUCCACCAUAAGCAAUAAACUAUAAAAUAUAUCUCAGACAUGAGAGGGAAAAACCCCUCCCUUUUUUUUCUUUUUUUUAAAGAAAUAGUUUUUCUAUUCUUAUAAAAUGAUAAAACACUCCAUUCGACUUGUGCGUUUCUUCUUCUCAUUCUUGUGUAAGCGAGUGGAUCAGUGUUGGCAGCUGUGUGAUGUUUUUAUUUGUUUUGUUAAAUAAUGACAUGAACUGUACAUGUAUCUCUGCAGGGUUUCCUGUUUCCAUCAUCGUAUAUAUUUCUCUCCUUUCUUCGCACUCGACUCGUCUCCGUCACUCUUUAGCACUCGGUUAUCUGUAAAUAAUUGAAGAUAUUUUGAACUGAAUGGUUAUUAUAUUCGUUCUGUUAUUUAUUUCAUAUUUAUUUGCAACACCUCACCUUUUUAAAUGGCUUCGAAUAUUAAAGGAAAACGCAUCCUAACACAACCCAUGAUUUCACACAGGUUUUAGACUUUAAGCACAUUGUGACAGCUGUAUUUAAUCUUUCUUUUUUUUAAUUCAGGUCAAAUUAUGUCCAGUACCUGCCUGUUUCUUUGCUUCAGUUUCUUCUCUCAGUUGUUUAUACUCUACAGGCAUGUAUUGUAGCUAUGCACUUUGUAUGAACCUUAUAAGAAAAAAAAUAUGAAGCAGGUUUUGUAUUUUUUACAUACUCUACUUUUUACUUGUAUCUCAAUAAAUGUAGCUUGUGAAGUUA